UCCAGUUUUGUAGCUUGAAGAGAGAUGAGAGACAUCAAAAUUCUCCACACUACUUUCGGAAUUUUAGGUGGGAUUGUUCAUUGUCCAUGCAUCUUCUUGUGCUUACUCCUACUUUUUUCUGGAUAUUGAUUAUUAUACUCUUUUCCUUUUUUUCUUUUUUCCCUGGAAUAGGAGAUGUUUUUGGUUUAUUACUCUUCAUGGCGCCCUUGAUUACAUUCAAAAGGAUUAUUAGGAAGAAAUCAACAGAACAGUUCUCUUGCAUGCCUUAUCUAAUAAGUCUGCUCCAAUGCUUGCUCGCUGCCUGGUACAGUUUACCUUUUGUGUCACCAAACAACCUGCUGGUAACUGUCAUCAGUGCCAUAGGCAUUGGCCUGGAGGCAACCUACGUGCUUAUCUUCCUCAUAUUUUCCCCCAAGAAAGGGAAGGCCAAGAUCUGCGGAUACCUCUUUGUGGUUCUUUCUAUCUUCUCAAGUCUGGCCUUGGUUUCCAUGUUGGCAUUUCAUGGCAAUAGAAGGAAGCUCUUUUGUGGCUUUGCUUUUGCAGCUGCUUGUAUUAUGAUGUAUGGUUCUCCUCUCUCUGUAAUGAGGCUGGUGAUCAAAUCUAAAAGCGUGGAGUACAUGCCGUUCUUCUUGUCUCUAUCUGUUUUCAUCAACAGUACUUCAUGGUCAAUCUUCUCCCUGCUUGGAAAGGACCCUUUCAUUUUUGUUCCAAAUGCUGCCGGAACUAUAUUAGGAGCAGCACAGCUGAUUUUAUAUGUAGUUUAUCGUGAUAAAAAAGGAGUCAAGAAAGACGAAAUUAAUGAAUCAGUAGAUCAGAUGAGGACUGGGAAACUCCAAGACGGGAAGCUAGUCGACAUCCAAAAUGAGAAUGCAAAUCCAUAACAUUCAUAUGUACACAAAGUUUCUGAACUUUUGUACUUAAAAAGUAUUAUCCUGUCUUAACUCUGGUUGGAUCAAAAGUUAUGGUCACUAGUCUAAUGUCAAAUGAAAAAGGAGUUAGGUUCAAAAGUAUAGAGAAAGUUCAAUCACUGUGUAAUAAAUAUUUUCUUUUUAACUUUUUAGUGUUAUGAAAUAUUAUACUAUAUAGUGGAUGUCUAUAACUCCUAAAGAAGUUACUUCUA